UUAUUUACUAGGUCUGUUACGUAUUUGUUGUUUGGUAUAACAAAAUUAGUGGAAAAGUUUUUUUAUUACGUGUAAAUUAUUGUUUAAACCGUCGUUUAUGGGGGAACUGAAAGGUGUACAAAUUUUUUAAAAUCUGCAACGCGAUCAACAAUUGCCUUAAUGAGUUGAAAAAAAGAAUAUUUUGCAUAAAAAAACUGGAAAUGGACCCCAUGGGAAGCGCUGCGGCAGCAAACAUUCCAAAGAAGCCAAAAAUUUAUGUUAGUAAGAGUGAAAGUGAUAAUGCUCAUGUUAAAGAUGAUUAUGAUGAUGAUGCGGAAGAUUUAUGGUGGACAUUGCCGCAGCUAGUAUUAACAGAAAUAUUUUGGCUAUUACCUGUUAAAGAUAUCCUUAACGCUGGCUUAACUUGUCGUCGGUGGUACGAAAUUGCUAACGAUGAUUAUCUUUGGAAAAGAAAAUUUCAUCGACAUUUCAAAACUGAUCCUUGCAUCGCCUUAAAACCUGGAGCCGUUUCAUGGAAAAGUGAAUAUGAACGCCUUACUUUUGGAAUACCUUUCGUUCAGUCGCAAUGUCUUAAAGGUCAUGUACAUCAAGUCUUACACGUUAGCUUUUCUCAUAAUGGUGAAAUGUUUUCCACUUGUUCUAAAGAUGGCUACGUUAUUAUUUGGAACGCCGGUCAUCCAUGCACCGAAAAGUAUUCGCAAAACAUGAAGAAAUUCAAUUGGAAAUAUACACAAUACUCACAAUUCAAUCAAAGCGAUAGUUUACUUUUGGUAUCUGGCGUUCAUUUCGGAUCGCCCCACAGUACAUCUGGCGAAAUAGCUGUGUUUACAGUAGACGGAAAUGUUGAAUCUCAUUUGCGAUGUCGCGUCAUAAAUCGACCGUAUGAUAUAUUUGGAACUUGGUUCAGUGACCAAUACCUUAUAUCCGGGGACUUGCAUUGGCUAGCUCAAAUGGUUAGUACGUCUAUCUUAUGGCUGAAUAAAGCCAAUCAAGAAGUAGAUUCGGAACACGUACCUAUUAUGAAUCAACUCUAUAAAUUCUACAAUCGUAAUGCGAGUUCGGUAAGAGCCAUAAUGAUGGCUAAGUGCCCAUGGUUGGAUGAAUCGAAUGAUCCUUUGAUAACGGCAAGCACUUCGGAUGAAAUUUUGGAGUCACCGUCGGAUGACAUUGAAAUGUCAGAACACUCAUUGACUGUUCAAAACUCUGUUGGUAACCCUCUAUCUCACUCUGCUUCUUUAAGAAGAGCUUUUCAUAUAUCGUUUGAUGAUUCGACACCUUCCACGUCGACUGCUUCUUUAUCUUUAAAUUGGAGUUUGCAGCGCAGCAAUGAUUCCACAAUACAUUAUUUAGAUGAAUAUCGUCGAGAAUUUACUGGAGAUUCCGUAUCUGAUGAGUCGGUAGAUGAAGAAGAAGAUGAACCAAUGGACGCAUCUGAUGAAUAUGAUGAGAUGGAAAACUCUAUACCAAAAUAUCUUAUAUUUUCUACUGGUUCCAAAACGUAUACACCCCAUCAAAUUGGUAUUAAACGUAUUAGAAAUAUAACAUUUCCCAAGAAAUUAGAUCCAGGGCCCUCACUGAAGGAAAGAAUCGCCGCAAAGAAGGCAGCCGAACAACAGAAUCAAUUUCGCGAUCCUGAUCCAGAUUGGUGGGACUAUGAGGCUGUAGCUGAUCGUUUCGAUAAAGUUGACAAAGUAAUAGACCUUCAUGGUCACAUUAUCGGAAUGGCAUUAAGCCCCGACCAUAGAUAUCUCUAUGUUAACACACGCCCAUGGCCUAAAAAUUACAUUAUCACGAACCCCCUGGAACCGCCACCGAUUGCUCAGGAAAUUGAUAUACAUGUCAUUGACCUAAUGACUUUAAAGCGUAUUGGUAAUAUGCUGAGAGCUCAUAAAGCUUACACCCCAAGCACGGAAUGUUUCUUUAUAUUCUUAGAUGUAUGUGACGAUUAUGUAGCCAGUGGUGCUGAAGAUAUGCACGCUUACUUAUGGGACCGAUAUUAUGGCAUAUCUUUGGCUAAAUAUAAGCAUACUGAUGUCGUAAAUAGUGUAGCCUUUAAUCCUAAAGAUAAUGAGAUGUUGGUGACCACUAGCGAUGAUUUCACUAUCAAGGUCAUAUUGAAAGUUCUGCCUGGGAUAUCGGGCAACACUCAUCUGACUGUCGCAAACGAACGUGUGCUGAAAAGGUGUCAUUUCAGCUUAUAUUUUUUUAUGAAGAUAAUUUUCUAAUUCUUUGAUCAUGUAAAAGCUGUAUUGAUUUCAAAAUGAAUGAAAUAUCCGAAAAAAUACGCUGUGCAAUGCGUUUUUAAUAUAAUGGUAAUGGUAAAAACGCUGCAAAAAAAUUGUGAAGUGUACGGUGAGAAUGUUGUAACUAAAGAAAUAACUCGGGAGCGCCUUGCUCAAUUCCGUUCCGGAAAUUUCGAUGUCAAACAUGCAUUUCGCAAUCACUAAAAAAGUCCAAAAAAUUUGGCAACAAGCUGUCAGCAAAUAACAGAUGCGCUAAACAUCAGCCACAUGACAGUUUGGAAUUAUUUAAAAAGAGCAGACCACAAAAAGAAGCUCGAAAGUGCA